AGAGCCAAAGGAAUCAAUAAUGCCAUUGCGGAAAACAACACAAUUUAUUAAUUUAAAUCAAAUUAAAUUAAAUUAGAAAAAAUGUUCUUCUUGAAUAAACUACCCUUCUGUACGAAAUUUACACUAACGUACGCAAUACAACUUAGGGCUUCCUAGCUCUGCCGGACGAGGAUAGAUUUGUCGUAGAAUAUGAUCUUAAAAUACUAAUACUGCCGGGACUAAUAAUUAAUCUGAAGGCGCUGCUCGACAUAUUAUUAAAAAUUAAAGAUUAUAGAAAAACGGAAUAUUUUGUGCGGGUACUGUAUGAAAUAAAUGUAUAAAACCCACCAGCAUAAUUAUCUUCUUUAGGCGAUCAGAUGUCCGACAUUCUAGGUGAGGUUAUGCUCUGUCGAAUAGGGAUAUUAAAACUUUUCUCCACUCACGCUUCGCUACAUCUGUGCACGUCUGUGUGCGACUGUAGAUGAAAAUCUACCGGCGCUUUAGACAUUAAUUUAAAAAAAAUUAAACCCAUCUCAGCAGAAGUUUUUCUUCUUCCGUCUCGAAGAGACCUGGUGACACGCAGCUAAAUUUUCCACAUCUACACCGCUUUUUUCCACUGUUUCUGUCCUCCACAAACUUAUACACAGAAGGAAGCAUAUCUGUCGUGCGUGACACAAAGUAGCCGACAAGGUGAAACCAUCAUCAUCAUACGGAGCCGGUUGAAUGCAAUGAGUUUGGUUUGAAUUUCGCGCACACAUACAGCCACACACCGUUACCACCACCACGACAGUGCCUUUGUAACAGCUGGCUGAAGCAGCCGAACCACAGCACCUCACCAAAUUGCAUAAUCCACGUGCUGGCUCGUGCAGACUCGAUCAGUUCACAUUCGUCGAUCGACGCGAUCGGUUCGCUUUCCUUCUGUUGCUGUGCGUAGUCUCGACCAGUGUGCGGGAUAGUGUGUACCGCAAAAUUUACCAACCGUCCCCGGUAGGCUUUAAUUCUAAAAGAGCCUUUCGACGGGAGCACCGUUUCAUUUUUUUCGAAUUUUGUGUCAGUAGAUCACCAAUCACCGUUCGAUCGGUCUCCCAUUUGCGCAGUGCUCGAGUCGAAGGCUUAAUGCACACCAACACGUGAAGUGGGCAUUUUCGGAAGGUGAAACGAAAACAUCCGUAACAUAAGUCGCGAAAAUCAGGAGCUCCAUUUUUACUGCAAAGCGAAAUCUGAAUGAAAAAUUGGUGAAAGUGGCUGCGAAACGUGUGCGUAUGUGUGCUGGAAAGUGAUCGGGUGGUUUUGAGGCGUAAAGUGUAGUGAUUAAUGCUGAUGGUGGCGGGCAAAUAAGCUGGCGCUUCCGCGGAAUACCCUGAUCUCACCCAACGGGAGUUGAUGGAUGAUGAGCGAGAUUGGUUUGGAGUUUAAUUUUGAAAUAAACAAACAGCACUAUAAUCAACCACAGGCCGCAGGUACCAGCUGCUAGAAGAACGUUUUGCUGCGGCAACCUAUUAGAUCGAACUUUCCCAGCGUACGGAACGACCGGGGUCUCCGUACGAGACACAAUGGUGGUCUCCUUUGGUACCCUUAUUCCGCUGUUGGCGGGAGCCGCACUGAAAGCCACACCUGCCGCGGCCGGCUUGACAACCGCGGUCGGGGCAGCCAUUACUGCCGCCACAGCCGUUAUCGGUGUCGGCAAGCUAGCGAUUGUGCCGAUUCUGAUAGCGUCACUCGCCUACUACAACUACGAUCUGUUUGAUCCGGAGAAUCGACCGUUCAAUGUGCCGGAGGUGGACCGAGAAUAUGACUUCAUUGUUGUCGGUGCGGGUUCGGCUGGUGCUGUCGUUGCCUCGCGCCUGUCGGAGAUAGGCGGCUGGAAGGUAUUGCUGCUCGAAGCUGGCGGGCACGAAACCGAGGUCUCUGACGUUCCUAUCCUGUCGCUUUAUCUGCACAAAAGCAAGCUGGAUUGGAAGUAUAGAACCCAGCCACAGAAGACUGCAUGCCAAGCGAUGAAGGAUAACCGCUGUUGCUGGACACGAGGCAAGGUCCUCGGCGGCUCGUCGGUGCUCAACACGAUGCUGUACAUUCGUGGCAAUAAGCGCGACUUCGACCUGUGGCGGGCGCUGGGCAAUCCCGGUUGGGGCUACGAGGACGUCCUGCCGUACUUCCGCAAGUCGGAAGACCAACGGAACCCCUACUUGGCACGUAACAAAAGACAGCAUGGAACGGGAGGGCUGUUGCAAGUACAAGAUGCUCCAUAUCUGACGCCACUCGGGGUGUCCUUUCUGCAGGCCGGCGAGGAGAUGGGCUACGAUAUAGUCGACGUUAACGGUGAGCAGCAAACCGGAUUUGCCUUCUUCCAGUUCACCAUGCGUCGUGGUACGCGUUGCAGUACUUCGAAGGCUUUCCUGCGGCCGGUGCGCAAUCGCAAAAAUCUGCACGUCGCGCUGUUCGCACACGUGACGCGCAUCAUACUGGAUCCGGAAUCACGCCGCGCGCUGGGCGUUGAGUUUAUGCGAAACGGCAAAAAGCAGCAAGUAUUUGCAACGCGCGAGGUUAUUCUUUCAGCCGGAGCUAUUGGUACACCGCAUCUGCUGAUGCUGUCCGGUAUUGGACCACGAGAAAAUCUUGAACGCGUCGGCGUGCCUGUCGUACACGACCUUCCCGGCGUGGGACAAAAUCUGCAGGAUCAUAUCGCUGUCGGUGGUCUGGUGUUCCGUAUCGAUCAACCCAUCUCGGUUAUCAUGAACCGUCUGGUGAACCUUAAUUCCGCCCUCCGAUAUGCUGUCACGGAGGACGGACCGCUGACGAGCAGUAUCGGGCUGGAGGCGGUCGGUUUCAUCAGCACCAAAUAUGCAAACCAGACGGACGAUUGGCCGGAUAUUGAGUUCAUGUUGACAAGCGCAUCCACACCGUCGGACGGUGGCGAUCAGGUGAAGAAAGCGCACGGUCUGAAGGACGAAUUUUACGAGGACAUGUUCAGCUCGAUCAACAACCAGGAUGUGUUCGGUGUCUUCCCAAUGAUGUUGCGUCCCAAAAGCCGAGGCUUUAUUCGCUUACAGUCGCGCAAUCCUCUGCGUUAUCCUCUGCUUUACCACAACUAUCUCACACAUCCGGAUGAUGUUGGGGUGCUGCGCGAAGGAGUAAAGGCUGCGAUAGCGUUCGGUGAAACGCAGGCCAUGAAACGGUUUGGUGCUCGCUUCCACAGCAAGCAAGUGCCGAACUGUCGCCAUUUGCCGGAGUUUACCGACGAGUACUGGGACUGUGCCAUCCGGCAGUAUACAAUGACGAUAUACCACAUGUCCGGAACGGCGAAAAUGGGACCUCCGGAUGAUCCGUGGGCUGUCGUCGAUCCGAAGCUACGCGUUUACGGCAUCAAAGGGCUGCGAGUGAUUGAUGCCAGCAUAAUGCCACGCAUCACAAGCGGUAACAUUAACGCACCUGUUAUCAUGAUCGGUGAGAAAGGUGCCGAUCUGAUCAAGGAACUGUGGCUCCAGAAAGGCUACUCACGCCGAGGGAAGCGUCAGCAGUUUGCUAACGAAACGCUAAGCAACGUCAACCAAACAGAUUCGAUUGAAUCGGUAAACGCAACCACCGAUGCACCCUGUACUAACGAAACGGUUGUUAGCUAAGCUGGAAAGGAUCGAGUCGCUACCGAAAUUAUGGUCGAUAGUCCUAAAUUCUAAUGCCAAAUUUUAUACUCCAACAAAAGCGCGGAAUCGUUUCUAGAUAGUGAAGACUAGGAUGAAAGAAAAGACGCUGCUUCACGCUGUAUAUAACAUUGCUUCCUGUACCAUUAGGAUUAUUCUAAGCAAGGUGAUUGUAGUUAAAGUAGGCGGUUUGAUGAUACGCUAAGAUCGCACAGCUCGGAUCAGCUGCAGCUGCGCAUAAACAAACCAAUACAAACUGACUGACUGAAAGUAUGUAAGUAGGAAUAACAAACUUGUAAUAAAUUUUAGUCCGUUGUUGGUUUUACUCACGCCAAAUCGCGUUUCCUACAUUGAGCGAAUAAAUACUUUAGACAUUUAUGAAAAAACAGUUGCUAUAGAUUUUAUUUCGUUUUGAAUUUUUAAUUUAAAAACUAGUUAUCUCACAUCGUCUCGUUUGGCGUUCCGGUAUGCAAGCUGAUUACAGCUUGAUUAAAAAUUUAAAAAGCUAAUGUAGCAAUAUCAAUAAGAUUAAUAGAAGCAGCUAAAAACUAUCACAACUUAUUUUUUCAGUAUGAUAUAUGAAGAAAGUAGUGCGAGUUGUCUACAUUUAGGGGCAAAGCGUUACAGAAAUGAACGCCUGAAAGACACGUUUAUGGUGAACAAUCCAAUCCUCUGGAGCUAUACAACCUGUAUGAUAAUACAGGGUAAUUCAUUCAUGUUUAUUACAUUUUAGAAUGAAUCACAUUUUAUGAAUGAAAAACAUUUUAUAAUAUACAUUAUAUACUAUAUACAGGUACUCCGAAAAUUAUGCAGUUGAUAUCCGUAUUCGUAUAAUGCUAUUUAGGAGGGCUGUUGCAAGUACAAGAUGCUCCAUAUCUGACGCCACUCGGGGUGUCCAUCUAAGACGGCUUUUUCAAUACAAAGUUUGAAAAAAUAAAUUAACUUGUAGUAUAUAAUAUAUAUAAUGGAAGGUAAUUUCAAGCAUUUUUUUCUUUUAUAGUGAAAUUUCGUUCUUUACACUAACUGAGCUGUCAAAUUACCAACUUCACCUAUGUGCAAAUACGCGUUUAUCAGGGAUCGUGUAUCUCAGAAGCUGCAUGUAUCUUUUUGUGUUAAAAUAUAACUAUAUAAUCUUAGAAUUAACAAAAAUGCUGCUAUUAUCGAAGUUGGACACAACAACAACAAAGUUUAGAGUAAAAAUUUUAAACCAAUAUCAUUUUAACAUUUCCACCGUAGUUCAUCCCCGCGUGUGAUGUAAUACGCCCCGAUUCAUGAAAGGAAACAAAUAGUACCCCUUUGGUGGACGAAAAAAAUAAAGACAAAAAUUUAUAAUACCCACACCGGACACCGGAUCCAUCAGGGGGAACAGGCUUGCCGAUUACCGAUUAGGCAUAGACCGGAUAACGCAGCAAAACUUCCUGUACAGCCUUCUGCUGCCCAGCAUGAAACAGACAAAGAUAAAAACGAUCCGCGUUUACGUAACACACGCCACUGAAAAAAGGGAAAAUGAAAAAAGGCACACUUGCCCGAGACCUUUCUCACAGAGCCGCUGCCACAUUCGUGUUGCAACUCGGGGCAGGAGCCAUUCCCUUUUUUUGUACCUUCCCCGGAGCCAAACCCGGAUUGCGAACGAAAGAAUAACUGGUUUGACGGUUUCCAAACGCACUGUCCAAAGUUUGUUCACCGAUGGGAGUUUGAUGUUUGUGGAUUUCGCAAAAACCCACCCACCCCAAACGAAUGUUCAAUAUUCGUAACUGGACACGACCGGACUGGAAAUGGGUUUUGGGUUAAAUAAGCGAAAUAUUAACGUGCAGCUUUUAAAGGUCAUGCCCAGGAUCGUCUUCGCCUGUUACGCGAUUGUGAUCUCGUUCGGCACGCAACAUUGGAGCAUUAAAACCGUCAAUGUCGUCGAGAGUGAAGUAACCGGCAAAGGUUAUGAUGAACUGUUUGCAAACACCGAUGAACGUGCAAGUUCAAAGGAGUGUCCAAACCAACGCCCCAAGGGCGUCAAAUUCACACAUGUCUACACAUUCCACCACGUGCGAACCGAUCUCAUCAGAUCGUCGUGCAGAGAUCUUUGCGUUUCUCCAUGCUAAUAUGACACGGAGGCUUGAAAGCAACCUUAAGCAACCAUAGAAUAGGACCGUUGGGCAAGACAUGUGGAGUUGCAUAGAAUGCGCUCAAAUUAACCUUGAACGAUGAUGGACUCGUGACAAUUGAGCGCACAUUCACCUGCAAUGUCUUAAGCGACCAUAACGCCAUUCAAACCAUUCCCCUCAAGAUCACUCCACAACCAUCACAUCGGGUGGAACUAAAUGUCAUCAUCAAACAUCCUCAUCGUAUCGUUUCUUUCCGGUUUCUGGCAUGGAAUGGAAUCGAUUGCGAAUCGGUUGCAACGCUAGAUGCACUCCAUGUGACGGCUCAGAAGUGUGCAAGUUGAAACAUUGUGAGCGAUCUGAUGGAAGUAUCGAAUGAACGACCCUUUUGCGGUCGGAUGCUCCGGCGAGAUGAAGCAAUUGCAAACAACUAACGCAAAAAAAAAACGGAAGGAAGCGAAACGAUGAAGGAAGUACCACAUUAGCGUCCGCACUGAAUGCUACUGGAAAAACGGCCUUGUUUUUUCGCAAUACCCACAGGAGAUUGAUUUCUUGAGAGGGUGCUUUUAAGCAGUGUGGUUAAAAGGCAGGCGAAAGAAGCACUUAGCGCAAGCUAUUGGUAUUUAAUCGACCCAGUUAUGGGUGAGCUGUCGGUUACAAACUGCUGUCCCGGUUUCAAAUUACCACUCGUAAGAUGGGUGAGUGAGAUGUAGUUUGUUGUUGAUUUUGCUGUUGUUUUGGCGUAUGUCCCACUCGUUGGUGCCUGUGGGAAAAUCUUUAUUGCCUCAUUAUGAUCGACACAAUUGUGCCGCUUACGGUACAACCAGCCCAAUACCGUCAGCAUCAUUAACCAAUGCCACCUUCAAAAUUUUGGCUGAACGUCAUCGAAGUGUGUACAUAUUACGAAUUUUGGGUUUUCGAUUGUUUUGCGUUGCAAUGUAACCGAUGGCCAGCCAGAGUGGUUAGGUUAUGAGUGAUCGAACAUAUUUUGCAUUGUACACAAUUUGGAAGAAAUGCAAGGUAAGAGGAGAAGCAGCCAGGAAGGAUAAAUAUUCAAAACUGCACCUAUGCAACAGAUGCUGCUUGGAGCUUGAGGCAGCAGUUUAACGAUCAGCAUUAACUUCCAUAGCCAUGCAGCAAAAUGGUUCGUCCGCUUGCGUCAUCAACUUUUCGGACCAAAAACAAAAACCUAACCACACAACGAUGGCCGGUUUGUAGCGGCAAAACGAUUUCAACGUUGGCGCAGUGCCGAAUCACGAUAAGCUUCUCUCAUUUCGCGUGUCCAUACUAGUUGGUGAUGGAGGCGACGAUAGUCAAACGGUGCAGAAGGUCCGUGUGACGACGGGUGGAUGCGACUCCUUUGCCUCGGGAUGCGCAAGAUUUCAAGAUGGUAAUUUUUGGCAAGCGCGUGCACGCAUAAUCCAGAUGGUGGCCGGCUUUCGCUUACGCAACGCCGGUUGGUCACGGUUACAUCCGAUGAAGUCGCUGUAGCAGGUGCGCGAUUUGGAGCGUUAAGAUAAGAUGCGAAUAAGCAGCGUUGUGAUUAUUCUGAUUGCACCGAAUGGUUGCAGCGGUUAUGGACAUUAUGGAGGAUGGACAAAUGAGCAGGGUUGUAAGAGCAAUGCAGUAAAGUGUUUUUUAUUGCAGCGAUGGAAAGAUCGUGAGUUAAUUUACUGUUGAAAUUAAUAUGAAAAUUGAUUAAAACAAAUAUCAAAAAAAUAU